AUGAUUUCAGCUACCCGCCUCAUCUUCCUUGCCGCCACGCUUGUAGCGGCCCUGGCGCAAGCUGCCCCAGUAAGCACUUCAGCAUCAGACGUCACUGAGACCAUCCUCAACGCCGACGAGGUCAAGCCCCAUACUGGGCCAGUGGUCCCCUCAUCGGCUGUUGAUGGGGUCCUCGAAGUCGUUACAGAAGUCACGGUCUAG